AUUCCUUGUCGACGUUAUGCAUGAUCGCGGCGGAGGUAACGUUAAUCGGUGUCAUUUGAUGAUUGGUCCUGUCAGGACCUUGGAUAGCAUAUUAAGAAUGUUCAGGCCGGGAACGUUCAUAUAAUCGUCGAAUACAUGUGGGUUGAGCCCUCAAAAUAAACGUUGUUCAAUCCAAAGAAGGUCCGAACGAGACAUAAUGAAAAAGCUUGCAAGGACUUCAUCUAAAAUCUCACCGCACUCCUACAGUGCAACCCCCUCUUUGUUAAUCGCAACCAAGCAUCCAACUACUCACCAAUGGAAUUUUCCUUCCCCAUCCUCAACGCCAACUCCCCUAUCUCUCCCUCUACCAUGCCCUUCACCGUCUCUACCCAUCGCGGUUUUCUUCCUGUAAAUAACCCUCCUGCCACCCUCCCCCCUUCCUUUGCACCGCUAGAAUCUCUCCUAACCCGGAUGCCCAUCGUCUUAGCGGACGGCACCCCCGGUUUACUCGCCGAGGGAAAGCUCGGUGAAACAGUGGAGAAGGAAUUGCCUGAUCUGAGCGAAGAGGUCGAGAAAUAUAAAGACGACGCGGGAAUAAUGAAUGCAAUUUAUAGAGAUUAUUCUUUCCUUUUGAGUGCGUACUUGUUAGAACCGUGUCAUUUGAGGUUCUUGAAGGGGGAAGGGUAUGGAUUGGGGCGACAAAGGUUGCCAGAGGUAAUUGCGAAGCCGAUGGUUAAGGUAUCUGAAAUUGCCGGGUUCAAACCAUUCAUGGAAUACGCGGGGUCCUACGCGCUAUACAACUACCGCCUCGCCGACCCUUCCCUUGGACUAACCUACUCCAACCUCCGCCUUAUCCGUGCCUUUGAACAAGGUCUCAACCCCUCCUCCUCCGAGGCCGGUUUCGUCUUCGUGCACAUUGCCAUGGUCUCCCACUCCGGUCUCCUCAUCAGCGGUGCAGUCCAGGCUCUCAACGGGGCUUUGACCUCUGACCGUCCAAGGUUCGAUGCGGGGAUGAAAGAUCUUUUGGAAGCAUUAAAGGAGAUCAACAGAGUUAUGGAUACGAUGUGGGGCAAGAGCAAACCGAAUGGGUAUAACACGUUUAGAACGUUCAUUUUUGGGAUCACUAGUCAAAGUAUGUUUCCGGAAGGGGUGGUCUAUGAAGGUGUUAGUGAGGAACCGAUGGCCUUUAGAGGGGAGUCUGGCGCGAAUGAUAGUAUGAUUCCCCUCUGCGACAACCUCCUCCAAAUCCCUAUGCCCGAUACCCCUCUAACCGAAAUCCUCCAAGAUUUCCGACAAUAUCGACCCGGAAACCAUCGGGAAUUCCUUCAAGCGGUCAAAGACCAAUCCGAGAAAGCCAGUGUCAGACAGUUUGCGCUGGAAGAUCCAGAUUCAGCGGAGUUGUAUCUGAGAGCGUUGGAUUAUGUGCGAGAGUUCAGAUGGCGGCAUUGGUGCUUUACACGAGAGUAUAUUUUGAAGUUCAGUAAACAUCCCACGGCGACUGGAGGGAGUCCGAUCGUUACUUGGCUACCAAAUCAACUCCAAGCUGUCCUUGCGCUGAUGAUUCAGGUUGAGCCAUACUGCGCUAAUGCCACCGUCAACCCCAACGCCACCGCCGACGCGGAUGGACCUGGUGCUAAGGACAUUCAAGAGAUAAUGGCCCUUGUCAAGUCGCAGCAGGUAACGUUAAGCAAGGAAGUGGCGAAGUAUACUGCAGAACGUGCUUCAAAUGCGGCGAGUGUUAGAACGAGUUGAAGAUGGAUUCGGAGCCAUUUAGAUAACGAGCUUUUUGUACUACAUAUGUAUCACUACACCUGUGUACACUUCUGUGAAUGGGUUGAAGCUCAAAGGGCAUCAGUAUACCACACUCAACGCCUUUUUUCCUCUCUCUGCCUGUUGAACGUUGAUCUUUGACUAGAAAAUACU